AUGGAACUAUUCGGAACUAUUCCCGCACUUGUCACACUUGUCGGACAAAUACAAUCACUGAAACGAGAAGCACAACGGCAUCUACAGCUCACAAAAUCCAUGAUAAAAGGUGGACGAAAGAUAAAAGCCUGGGUUAAAAAAAGAGAGUAUGAACGUCAGGAAAUUAUGCGUACUAUUGCAUUCCUUGAAUGUAAUGGCACUCAUGAAGCCCCCAAGCCACCUGCAAAGCCAAAGCAGUAUUUCGUUAAAGGAACUGUCGGUGGCCAUUCGGUAGAAGCUUUACCUGACAGUGGUGCCGACGAGUGCUUCAUAUCAAAUACUCUGGCCUCGAAUCUUGGCCUAAGUCCUACUGCUGGACCUGAGAAGAGGAUAUACUUCGCCAAUAAAACGUUUGUUCGAUCUCCGGGUAGGGUGGCGGUGCCGUGGGUGUUUUAUGGUGAAUCUAAGACUCACUCUCUUGACUGUUGGAUCCUACCUCAUAGCAUCCACGACAUAGUCUUAGGAAGGCCAUUCCUAAAGGCCACUCAGACACUCAAGAGAUUCACCUCACGGAUCGAAUCUAGAAUUGUUGAUGGGACCAGGAGGCUUCGGUUACAACUGCUACAAGGCGAAGACGACAAGGCCUGGAAAGUCUGGGGGUACCUGAACGACCGAUUCACAACAGCGUUCCCUGAUACUGGGUCUGAUAUGAUGCUCGUAUCGAGGACAUACGCAGAGGAACUCGAACUCGACAUCGACACACGCCUGGAAAGCCGAGUGGAGGUCGAAUUUCCAGACGGAAGCACAGCCUGGACAAGCGGAAUUAUACGCGAUGCAUCAUGGAGGAUUGGAUCGAAGACAAUCAAUCGUGACUUUUACGUCCUGGAUGAGCUCUGCGUCGACGUCGUGCUGAGCAACGAAUAUCUGUUCAACGAGAAUGUGUUCUCAGAGUGUGAUGUUUAUUUCUUCGACGCCGAACUCGACAUUCCAGGAGACGAUACCAGCCUUUUUUGCAACAUCCGUCUGAUAGGGAGGUACGGAGAGAAUCUGAACUCGCUAGAAGAGGAAUACCUAGAAGAUUCGACUUCACCAGAGGCGUUCAGUGACGAAAAAGUCCAACGGGAGCUUGCACGGCGAGACAAAAUCCGUGAUGCGAUUGAUGAAUUGCCUGAAGAUCAACGAGACACAGCGCGACGGGAUGAAGUUGAGAGACAGCGGCGAUGGGAACAAAAACGGCAGAUACACCGGAACACAUGCCACUCUCAGUCGACUUCACAGCAAAAGCCAUCAGCGUCGCAUAGAACAGAGGUAGUUCAUCCAGGAACCGGGAGGUUUCAUUUGUCGACAUGGAAGAGUCGGGUAAAGAAGAAAAUUGGGUUAUAG